AUGACUACUCUGACCGAAGAGAUUCUGAAAUUCCCUGCAGCUAAUGGAUUUUUCUGUCAUACUGAUUCGAGUGCAAUUGCAAAGUUCUUCUGUAACAUGACUGUUAUGCUACGGUUAUUGGAAGAGUCAGAUGAGAACAGCUCGGAUGGAUAUUGUGGCCAUUAUUACGCGAGUGACGAUGAAGGUGUGGAGGACGAAGGUGGUGAGGACUGCGGUGGUGAGGAAGGUGACCCAACAGGUGGCAGAGAAGAUGAACAUGGUAAUUUCUCAGGUGGUGCCAGUCAUGCAAGAGAUGGUGGGAAAAUUCGGCCGAUUGUCGCAGAGGAUUUCCUAGGCAGAGAGUUUGUUGGGGAGGAAGAUGCCUACCUUGCGUACAAGGAGUUUGCUAGGACGAGGGGUUUUGGGGUCCGCAAGGGAGAUGUGGGGCGUGUUGACGGGGUUUUAGUCUGGAGAGACUUUUUUGCCACCGGCAAGGCACAAGACAUCCUAAGCACUAUAACCGUCCUGAGCAAUGUGUGGAAGGUUAGGACCAUCUUCGAUAAGCACAACCACGAGCUUGCUCCGGUUAUGUUUUCCCAUAUUUUGCCUAGCCAUCGCAAGAUGAGUAUCGGUGACAAAGCGCAAAUUGAUAGCAUGAAGAAGUUUGGGAUACCAACCUCAAAGAUAAUGACUUACGUGGCUGGUCAAUCUGGAGGGUAUGAAAUGCUGCGAUUUACAAAGUGUGAUUUGUAUAAUUACGUACACGGGCAAAGGCUAGCCCGAAGCAAUGAUGGCCAUGCUGCAGCAACGAUCAGUUACUUGGAGGGCAAGGCGAAUGCCGACAUGACGACAUUCGGACGUUACACGCGAACUGCGGAUAAUCGGCUAGGGAGCCUUUUCUGGGUCGAAGGUGAGAUGAUGUCAGACUAUCAGUUAUUUGGAGAUGUUAUGGCUUUUGAUUUGAUGUAUCGGUCUAAUAAGUACAAGAAACUGCUUGUAGUGUUCUCCGGGUCAAAUCACCACAAACAGACAACCAUUUUUGGAUUGGCGCUACUGGAGGAUGAGGAAGUUCGUACUUACCGGUGGCUGUUGUUAAAUCUUGUAGACGUAAUGGGAGAGAAGACACCGUGCGUUGUUAUCAUGGAUGGGGACAAAGUGAUGCGCGCAGCCAUCACGGAGGUGUUCCCGACAGCUAGGCACCGGCUGUGCGGGUGGCACUUGGAGAAAAACUGUGUUCAAAGGGUUAAGGAUACCGAAUUUCGGAAGGUCUUUAAGAAGCCUAUGUAUGCCAACUUUGUGGUGGAGGACUUCGAGGAAUAUUGGAAGAAGGAAGUGGAGUCACUUAGCCUUCAAAAUAAUAGUUGGGUUCAAAGUACAUACGAGCUCAAAGAAAGUUGGGCAACAACAUAUCUCCGGGGCACGUUCUAUGCGGGAUAUCGGAUAACCUCCAGGUGUGAGGGAAUUAAUGCAUACAUAAAGGGGUUCUUGAAAUCCACUUAUAGCAUUUUAGAACUGGUGCACAGCUUAGAUCGCGUUGUAAAGGAUUAUCGUAACAACGAAGUCACGGCGCAGUUCUAUUCUACGUAUUAUAGCUCCAUAUUAACAACCGGGCUUGACUCCAUUGAGCUUUUUGCAUCAAAAUUGUACACGCGGAAAGUUUUUAGAGAGGUGAAGAAACAAAUCAAGGGUGUUGUGACCUUGCUAUUUUGUGGGAGAGAUAGCAUCAGCACAAUGGUUGUCUACAAGUUUUCAAGGAUGGGCGCCCCUGGUAGGACUCACAAGGUUUUGUUUGACCCUGAUGACAAGAAAAUUUAG